AUGGCUCUUAACAUUUCUGUCCUCAUAUUCUCGCUUUGCUAUAUACUUUCCUUCUCUCUCUUGGCAUCAUUCUCCAUCGCAGAUAUCAGUUCAUCCUCCAUUGUUCCACCUGAAACCAUUUGCGGGUCCACCGUAGACCCUACUUACUGUAGCAAAACCGUGCUUGCCAAUCAAAAGGGCAACGUCUUCGACUAUGGUCGCAUUUCUUUUCAAAAGUCCUUGUCCCAGACACGCAAGUUCUUUAACUUGGUGGGUUCGUAUCUUCAAGGUAGCUUGUCGUUCUCUCAAUACACUAUUGGUGCUCUUGAAGACUGUCGAUACCUUGCUGAGCAAAACUUUGAAUACUUAUCAAACAUUUAUGCCACUACUAGCCAAGCUAGCGCUGUUCUUCCGACUUCUCAAGCUGAAGAUUUUGAAAACUAUCUCAGUGCCGUUUUGAUUAACCAACAAACAUGCUUAGAAGGUCUUCAGAGUACAACUUCAGAUGCAAGAGUGAAGAAUGACCUGUUAUCAUCUUUCUCUGAUGAUUUGAAGCUUUACAGCGUUACAUUGGCUUUGUUUUUAAAGGGGUGGGUGCCUGAGAAGAAAAUCAUCAGAUCGUGGCCCCAAAAUGGAAGACAUUUGAAUUUAAAAAAUGGUCGCUUGCCAUUGGUCAUGUCAGAUCGAGUACGUGCUAUUUAUGACUCUGCUAGACACCAUGGGAGGAAACUACUAACCACUGAUAAUGGCGGAAGUGUUGUUAUUAGUGACAUCGUGGUUGUUAGUCAAGAUGGAAGCGGAAACUUUACCACUAUCAACGAUGCAAUUGCUGCUGCACCAAACAACACAGUUGCUGGUGAUGGGUACUUCCUUGUUUUCAUCACUGAGGGAGUGUACCAGGAAUAUGUAUCCAUUGCCAAAAGCAAGACGUAUUUAAUGCUUGUUGGAGAUGGGAUCAAUCGGACAAUCAUCACGGGCAAUCACAGUGUUGGAGAUAAUUUUACAACAUUCAACUCAGCAACAGUAGCUGUUGUUGCUGAAGGGUUUGUAGCUGUUAACAUAACUUUCCGUAACACUGCUGGAGCGAGCAAGGGUCAAGCAGUGGCACUAAGAAGUGGAGCAGAUUUGUCAACAUUCUAUAGCUGCAGCUUUGAAGGGUAUCAAGAUACAUUGUAUACACAUUCUCUCAGGCAAUUUUAUCGAGAAUGUGACAUAUAUGGCACCGUUGACUUCAUAUUUGGAAAUGCUGCCGUUGUUUUGCAAAACUGCAAUAUCUAUUCUCGUCUCCCUCUGAAAGGACAAUUCAACACGAUCACAGCUCAAGGAAGAACUGAUCCGAAUCAAAACACAGGAACUUCCAUACAGAAUGCAACUGUGAAAGCUGCUGAUGAUUUGGCUCCAGCUGUUGGCACCGUAGAAACCUACCUUGGGAGGCCAUGGAAGGAAUAUUCAAGGACAGUUAUCAUGCAGUCCUUUAUGGACAGUUUAAUAAACCCUGCUGGUUGGCAUGAAUGGAGUGGUGACUUUGCAUUGAGUAGCUUGUACUACGCAGAAUAUAAUAACACAGGACCUGCUUCUAACACUUCCAACAGAGUCACCUGGCCUGGUUAUCACGUCAUCAAUGCCACAGAUGCAUCCAAUUUCACCGUCUCUAACUUCUUGGCUGGGGAUAAUUGGAUUCCACAAACUGGGGUCCCAUAUUUAACUGGCUUGAUACAGUAA